AUGGACUGUUCAGAGAGUGAGUAUUACUUGGAUGGUGGUUGUCAUCAGUGUUUGCAGUGUCCACCUGGUCAGGAGCUAUCUGAGGAUUGUGGGUAUGGCAGUGGUGCCCUGGCAUCCUGUGUGCCCUGCAGUGCCCGCUGGUUUAAGGAGCACUGGGGCUCCCAGAGCUGCAGAAUGUGUCAAGUUUGUCCACGUGUUAACAGAGGAGAAAUCAGUCCCUGCACACAUGUCCAUAAUGCUGUGUGUGGGGACUGCCUACCUGGCUUUUAUAGCAAAAAGAGACUAGACGGACGACAGGAUUUGGAGUGUCUGCCGUGCACCUCUGCCUCUUUCACAAAUGGACAGUGUAAGGGCAGCCAAGGAGUUGAUGUUGAAAAAGAUUCAACUUCACAGGCUCUGCCCCUGAACGCUGUGUCUGUGGUUGCUGUUGGCAUAGUAGCAGUUACCAUAGUAACAGCCUUGUCUGUUGUAGUUCUUUUAAAAUACCAGAGGUACACCUCAUUCAGAAAACUUUUCAGAGACGAAUCUCAGUCCUUCCAGAGUGUAACAGUUCCUCCAACUGGUCAAACUCUGUCCACAGGAGUCUGUCUCAGCUCCAAUGCUCUCCAAAUCACCACAGGGGGGUGCUGUUGUGCCUGUGAGCAGCAGCAGUUCACACAACACUGGCAUGCCCCAGUAGAGUGCACUGAACUGGAGCUGUGUCAUUUCUCCACCCUGCUGGAGCCCCAGACCUCCAUUCAUCUGCUGUCCCAGCCCAGUGACGCUGCACCAGAGCUGGACCUCUACUCUUCACCGUGCCUUAAGGCUGGAGGAGAGAGCCUGGGUGUCAGAGAGGAGGCUGGAGGAGAGAGCCUGGAGGAACUGCUUCAGUGCAACAGCCAUCCCGUUGCUAGGAGGUCGCUGGACAAGAUGUUCUAG